UUUUUUUUUUAUUUUUAAUUUUUUUGAGAGAGAGAGAUUGAAAAGUGUGAAUAAUAUGCCACCACAUUUUCCAGUUGAGGAUACUACAUUUGAAACCAAAGAAUGGGCAUCGGCAACAAUCGAUACAUUAUUUUCAGAUAAUCAUCCCAUUUCAUUUGAGCCGUAUAAAGCAUCGUUAGUAAAAUCAACGGUCAGCCCUGCACGUCGUUCCGUGUCAGUUUUAGAAACAAACGUUUUCAAUCGACUUCCCCAUGACAACAAAGUGCGCACUUGGGCUACUUCAUCAGCUCAAUCUCCUCUUUCUUAUUCAGGUUCCGCGCCGUCCUUAUUAAUACCCAACAAUCAAGUAUCACUAUCCGCACGUCUUAAAAGAUCAUUGACACCCGACAAACUAUAUUUAAAUAAAAAACACCUUUCUUACAAGGAAAAAGAAGGUGUGGAUAUCUGGAAGAAUACUUUCCAACAGUACUUGAAUGAAUCGAAAAUGUUACCUCAUGGUCAAUCACCGCAUUUACUGCACUUCAUAUUGAACGAACUAAUGACUACUGAAAUCACGUAUCUGGAGCAUUUAUUGAUUAUUAAACAGAUUUUUAUGGAUCCAUUGUUGGAAGCGGCGACUGCAUACCCUCGACCCUUAGUCAACUUGAGGGAUAUUCAAACCAUAUUUGCAUUUAUCCCCGAAUUAAUUUCCCUUUCUUCUACAUUGGUGCAUCGGUUAAAAGAUGCUCUUUGUACAACCGAAAAUGGAGAAACACAAGGAUCUCUAGGUAAAGUUUUCUGCGAUUUGGAAGAUCAAUUCGAAAUCUACAUCAAUUACGCUGCAAAUUUUUCGAAACAACAACGCUGCAUCCAAAGAGCUGAUCGAAGUAUAGUUUAUCGACAACUCGCUCAGGACUCGUUGCGGAAAAAGGAAACAAACAGAAUGGGGUUGUCCAACUACAUGAUUGCUCCUAUCCAACGUAUUACACGUUAUGGAUUGUUACUUAAAGACCUUACCAAACAUUCUAAUCAGGAUAGUUCUGACUUUAUAUUCAUUCAAAGAUCACUAAAAUGUCAUCUUGCUCUAGCGCAUGCUAUGAAUGAGAUUCAAUAGUCCUUUUUUACCCCCUCACAUCCUGUACAUGUAAACGCAAAGAAAAAGAAAAAAAAACUCAAGAAAAAAAUCCCUCACGCACACAUAAGUUAUUCAAUACCACUUGUAUUCUAGUACUAUCUAAUUCUUAAACAUAAUCCCCUUCUCCCAUCCCCAUUGCAUAUAUUUAUAAAAAAUUGAUCUAAUUACUCUUUCGGCAUUUUAUCAACGGUAGAUCUUAAGG